AUGACUCCACUUUUGGAUCAAUGUCCCUUCGACACGCGUGAUGGCCACCGCAUUCCCCGUUCCCCCAACACAGUUGCCAUACAGGGCGAAACUCUAGAUUCAGCAGAAUUGCCAAGACAGCUCAAUGACGUUGCAGUCAAGUACCAUCCCAGUCGCAUAGAAAUUCGAUUAUUGACACGAUUGGCUGCUGGACAUUCACCAUACAGCACUGCUUACGUUGUGCUGGCUGAACGAGAUCGUACCCCCUUGUCGGACAUACGCGAUCACCACGCCUUCGAGCCAAUCGCGAUGUAUCUGCCUUUCGCCAUUAACCUCGUCUGCACCAAUGGGAAGCCUCCACAGGCAGCUUAA